GCGCUUAUAAUGAAAACAUUAUGUCAAAUCCGGUAUAGUAUAAUCAGCUGUCGUGGAAAUCAUCAGAUUUCGACGAUACUCGACACCAAAGACACCUGGCCAAUUACACCGAUAAAUGCUUGCAUUCAAAUGUUUYCUUUUACAAACCUAUCGAUAUAUUUUCAAUCUUACUAUUUGAGCCAUCGAUAAGGUUGCAUCACCCUGUUUAACGUUGAUGAUAUUAAUAACAAUUUUUUAACAAGUGGGACCACUGGCAUGUUGUAAACAAAUUGUUUUGUAGAAGUUUAUUAUUCUAUUUAAGACAAAAUAUAUUAAAAUGUUUAAUGAGACUUGUUGUUUACUAUGCUUGGAAAGUUCAAGGAAUCAAAUAGAUUUGAACUGCAAAGAAGGUAUCGGUUUGAAUGGACGAGAAGUGAUUGAACUGCAUUUUAAGGAGGAGUUGGAUAUGAUGUCUCAAAUUGAAAUAAAAUUCAUUUGUCAAAAAUGUUGGGAUUUAGUAGAAACAUUUCAUAAAUUUUAUGAACAUGUGAAGCAAGUGCACCAGGAAGCGGCGAGCACAUUGAAAAGCGUGACUUUAGAAGACGAAAUCUUAGAAAUAAAAGAAGAAAUCAUAAAUAAUGACGACGCACAAGUUGAACCAAGACGUCGUAGGGGACGUCCCAAACGGCAAAGAGGACCUGAAACUGUCGGAGUCCUUUGUGAGCCUCCCAUUCCACUGAAGGAAYGUCAAGUAAAAAUUGAAGAACUAAUAUUACCCGCCUCCAUGAGUCCCAAAGAUAUAUGUAAUCAAACUGAAAUUGUUUCCGAAGCAUUAGAGGUUAAAGAUGAGUCCUUGCUCGAAAAAUGUAUGGAUAAUUCUAUAUCGACAUUUAGUUCAGACUACGAAGAAUCUGAGAGUGCGAAUGAAGAAGAUAAACAAAUAAAAAGAAAAUCUUGUAAAAUAAAUAAAAGAAAAGGCGUAAAUAAAAAAACUGCGGAAUCGGAUGAAUAUAUAGCAAAGAAAAACUUUAAAUUUACUUGUUGCAUUUGUCAAACUUCAUUGGAAAACUUCAAACAUUUAAAAAGUCAUUUUCGUGAAGAACAUCAAACGAGUGGUUAUGUGCUAUGUUGUGGUAAAAAAUUACCUGAACGUGGUUUGUUAAUUGAUCAUAUUCAUUUGCAUGAAGAUCCUGACUAUUUCAAAUGUAUACAUUGCGGAAAGCGAAUGUCGGAGAGACGUAGCCUUGAUCUUCAUCUUCAGUAUGCGCAUGGAAAUCGGGAACGAGUACAUCGUUGUUCAAUUUGUUCUAAAGGAUUUUUCCGAGCAUCUUGUUUAAAACAACAUUAUAAUAUUCACGUUACAGAAGAUCAAAAAACGGUACCGUGUUUAGAAUGUGGUAAAACCUUCCCAGACGAUGUUGAAUUACGAAAACACAUGCGUCUAACCCAUUUGAAUGUUUAUGUAAAAAUAUGUGAUAUUUGUGGUAUAUCGAUAAAGGGGCGCGAUGCUCUGGAACGGCAUCAGGCCGAGCAUGCUGGUGUGCCACGAAAACUAAUAAAAUGUGAUCUAUGUGAUGCUGCGCUCACUACAAAAUAUGGCCUAGCACGUCAUAUGAAAACUAUGCAUACGGAAGAGUAUCAGACGCCACAGGUCUGCCCAAUGUGUUCUAAAGUGUCACCGUCUCUUCAGGCUCAUCGUAACCAUAUAAAAUAUAUGCAUUCUUUACAAAGGAAACAUGUAUGCAAAUUAUGCGAUAAGGCCUUUAAGCGGCUUACCGAUUUCAAAGAGCACAUGGCCACCCAUACCGGAGAAGCUUUAUAUACCUGUAGUUUUUGUCCACAAACUUUCAAAUCUAAUGCCAAUAUGUACUCUCAUCGAAAGAAGAAACAUGCUAAGGAGUGGGCAGAACAAUGCGCGUUGAAGAAAAGCUUAGCGGUACCUUUGAAGCAACCUGUCGUAACUGACUAAUAAAAAAAUCUAUGAGACCAUAUUUAGGGUUGAUAUAAGUAAUUUGAAGGCGUCAUUAAUAUCCAUUUCUCUGAAGCAAAUAAAUAAAUAAUAUUUAAUCGAAA